CUUACAGUCGUUAUAGGAACUACUUACCGUCCAUGUUCCAACAUAUAUGAGUAUCCAGCCCCUGGAAUACGGCGUCCGCGAUCCAAGAUGUCCGCAAUCCGGCGAUAGAACGCGUAUAUUUCCCGGGGGGUGUCAACAGAGGAAACGCGGAGUGUUCGCACGGUGCAUAGCGCACGCCGGCUUUUUGUUCGAGGGAUCGAGAGAUUGGCCGAGAUCACGGCGUCGUCCGCGCUCGUGUCCUGCACGCCUGUGAAAGACUCGUGCGUUGCGACUCGAAUGCGCGACGACGACAGCGCGAGAAUCGGCCAGCGAAUAUCGAGGAAGAGGGAGAGAGAGAGAGAAAGACAGAGAGAGAGAAAGAGAGAGAGUGAGAAGGUGAGAGCGGGACGGCGAUCGACAAGCGUCAACUGGUGCUUCGUUUGUGAUUUGUAUUUGCUGAACGCAAAUUCGCUCGCGCAAAUCACGGAACGCAGGCGGCUUGUUUGCCCUGAGGCAUUCCGAGCGGUUGGAGACUCAGGAUUCGACUUCCGCACAAUCCCGACGGCCAGACGAGGUCGGGUCAAAAAACAGGCAUUUUCGCUCGCCACGGUGGAGACGACUCGUAACGCGGUCCAUCUGAAGGUCCGAGUUGGCAAGCACGAGAGUAUCGGUCACGAGCACGUCCCGCAGUAGCAAAUUUAUAGGGAGAAUGCAGUGGAUAUAUAUUUAAGCAAAAAUUAAAAUGUCAAGUGAUAGCGAUCAUACUUGUCCAGUAAACAAGCGCAAAAAACUCGUCAUAACUGAUAGUGAUAACAGCGAUGAGUCCAUCAUUGUACAAACUCGAAGGAGGAAAAAGAUAUAUAGAGUCGUUAGUGAGGAGGAAAGUAGUGAUGAUGAUAGUGAUGUACCCAAACCUGUGAUUAGACGACAAAAAAACUAUAGAGUUAUUAGCGAAGAUGAAUCUAAAUACAAUAGUAGCGCGUCAGAGGCAAAUAAAUCCGCUCGAAUCGAUACAGGUAGUAGCGAUACAUCCGAAUGGCAAAGUGACUGCACUAGUUCUGACGAAUUGGAUAAGGAUUCCAAGAAAUAUAACACUAAGCGCAAGGUUUUACCUAGUUACGAUAGUAGCGCUUCCGAGGCAAAUACAUCUACUCAGAUUGAUAAUAAUAGCGAUACAUCUUCCGAAUGGCAAAAUGAUUGGACUAGUUCCGACGAGUUGAAUAAAAACGUUAAAUAUAAUUCUAAGCGCAAAAUUUUAUCUAAAACAAAAAAGAAGAAAACAGAGUCCGCUCCUUCACCAGUUGUUAUCGAUUCUGAUAAUAGUGACGGACAGUUAGAAAAAUGUCCCAUAUGUCUACUGCCAUUUAGAAAACAGCAAGUCGGUACACCAUCCUCCUGUGUACACUGCUUCUGUUUAGAGUGUUUAUUGGAGUGGAGUAAGAAUAUUAACACUUGUCCUGUGGACCGCCAAGUCUUUACUAUUAUAAAUGUUAAAAAUCAUCUCGGCGGCAAGGUAAUAAAACAUAUACCGAUAGAAGUUGUGCCGCGCCUUGAAGAUCAGGUACAAGAUGAUCCAACAUUUUGCGAAGUGUGUCAUCUAAGUGACAGAGAAGAUCGAAUGUUACUUUGUGAUGGCUGUGAUUGCGGCUACCAUUUGGAGUGUCUAACACCACCAAUGACUGAAGUUCCCAUGGAAGAAUGGUUUUGUCCAGAAUGUUCUCAGAAUAGUCAAAAUGAUGCCGAAGUGGUUGAAAUCGACUUUGACGAGAUCUCGGAUCUUAUGGAGGAAGCGCGGCGCCUCGGUGUCUCAUACGGUCGUACCCGUACUGGAACGAACCCGGAGGGCGGAGCAUCGAUUCCCAGAAUCGUUCCUCGUACUCGCCAUACCGAACGUGUACGUGCCAACAUCCGUAAUCGUACUGUGCGCAACACCAUAACGAAUAUUCAGUUUAUCGAUCCGAGUCAGCCGUCUACGUCGUCCGGUCUCGACUCGAUCGGUGACAAUAGUCGUUCUCCAAAUGCCAAUGUUCAUGCGCGCGAAGUUAACACUUCGUCCGCUCGCCCGAAGAAAACGUCCAAGACUAAAGCGACGAAGAAGAAAAGGAAGAAGAAGCACGAGAAGAAGAGCUCGUCGAAAAAAGGCAGCACUAUGUUGCAAGAAGUGAGAAUCAGGGAGAUCAACGACGACGGCGAAGAGGAGGAGAUUGUGUCGUACGUCAAAGUAACAUCGUCCACGUCAAGGAGGAAGUGUAAGAAAAGAACAAAGAGAACGCGCAAGAGGAGAAAAAACAAACGAUACGCGCGCACCGUAUCAUCGAUGUUGGCCAGUACGCGAACGGUGAAGCGGAGAUUGGCCACCACGCUGGGUAUGAAUAAGCCAAAGUUGGACUUGCCCACCAUGCUCGUGCCCACCUUGCGAAACAACAUCCCGAUAUCCGACAGUACCGCUCUGAGGGUCGCUCGAUACAACGCCGGCAUACCUCGAGUCAGUCUCUUCGGGGACAACCUGGGCCUGGACUACAGCCCGCCCGUGUCGGAGGACGACGAGUACUCGUUCGGGAGCGGUCCGAUGAUCGUGAACGUGCAGCAACGCUCGGCCGUGCCGUCGCUGAGACGUCGCGCCGUCCUCAAGACGAUCCCCAGCUCGGUGAGCGGUGAGAUGACGGAAGACACGAACACGCUGAAUAUUCUGGACGCCAUAAUCAGCAGCCAAGAGCUCUGGCACUCGUCGAAGAAUAGCAACAUGACCUUGAAGGCGGACGGUACGCUGCUGCUGAGCAGCUCGGAGAAGGAGAACAAGCACAGCGUGAACAACAACGAGAGCCCGAAGAAGGAGAAGGAGCAGGUGGUGACGCAGCGCAAGGAGCUCAUCCUGAAGGAGGUCGACACGCCGUUGGAUCUGUCGAACGUGAAUCCCAACAACAUCACGCAGGCGCCGAUGUACAACAACCCGUGCGGCGGCGGGAACCGGGGCAACUUCCGGGGCGGCUACCGCGACAACGGUCGGCACGGCCACCACGGCGGCCAGAGCUACGGAGGCGGCCGGGACUCGAUGCCGCCGGGCAGACACGGUUACGGCGGGGCCGGUCCGCGGGACAGCUUCGGCAAUCGCGACUUCGGCCCGCCGCCCUUCUACAACCCGAGCUUCGAGCACUGCGGCGGCCCGCCGAUGUUCGCCGGCGCGCCCCAACCGCCCUUUCGCAGCCGCAACCCGCAGCAUUUCCGCAACGAUCGGCUGCGAUUUCCACCACCGGCUGAUCGGCCGUUCAACAACUACGCGGCCGACGGCUUCGAGCGGCCGCCUUUCCCCCACACGCAGGACCAACGUUUCCCGAGGCCGAGACUGCCGCCGCCGCUGGGGAUGCCGCCCCCACCCGGCCCUCCGUCCAACCCGGUGGACCCUCUGAACGCGCAACCGACCCGCAACAGUCUGCCCGCGGACGUCGACGUGACGCGGAACUACCAGCCUGAGCGGGGGAACGCGCGCGUCGAGCCCGUGGACUCCCGGCCGGAGAGCAACGACGAUUGCGACAUCUACUGCGACAUCGAGCCGCCGGCGAAGGCCGAUGUUCAGGAGGAGCAUCACGGCAACGGCUCGAUGAUCCUGCUGCCGCCGCCGGAGCCGCCGUCCGGCUUGCUCGACUUCGAGGAGAACUCGCGGAGCGACAAGGACAACGACAGCGAGCAGGAGCUGGUGAUCGACGACAGCCAGAAGGAGGAGCAGAAGAAUCCGAUGCCGAGCGGCGACAAGUACGACCCGUUCGCGGCGGACAGCGACAGCAACGACGAGAACGCGGCGAGGACGCCGAGCGAGGCGUCUCGCAACAACGCGGUGGCCAGCUGCAACAUACCGAUGCCGGCGGCGCCGCCGCCGAGCUGCCCUCCGAUGCUCGCCGAGAGCAGGGAGCCGGUCGUCCGGCUGACCGCGUACGACGACGACGACGACAACGAGUCGCAGUCGGACUGCCCGAACUUCUCCAUCUACUCGUCGCAGACGAUGGACGUCGCCAGGCACACGGAGCAGGAGUUGUCGCAGCAACUGGGGCCCCUGCAGCCGCCGCCGUUGCCGCCCACCAUCCCCGACGACGACGACAUCAUCGUGGGCGACGUGCAGGCGUGCGACCUGCCCGACGCGCCGGAGCCGGCGAACCCGUACUUCGAGGCGCUGCAAAAGGAGCGGCAGAUCCUCAGCAAGAUUCCGCCGAAGAAGAUCUCCCACGACUCGCACCGCGGCAAGAUCACCUUCAAGAUCGGCAACAAGUUGCGGCUGAACAACAGACUGAGCGGCCUGCAGGACGACCUCGCCGUGAACUCGCAGAAUCACCAGGUGACCGACGGUAAAGCAGCCUCGCAGAAGACCGAUGACAAGCCGAAGCAGGACGAAUUGCCGACCUCGCCGAAGAAAGCGCUCGACGAGGAGUCGCAGGACAGAGACGCGGGAAGCGGCUCGAAGCUGCCGGCGGAGUCCCCGGGCAGACCGUCGGUGCUUUUCAACCAGUCGGCGAAGGUGGGCUUCGAGGAAGACGAGGAUGUCGCGACGAAGAUCGCGCGCAAGGCCGAGUCGCCGAAUUGGCGCGACAAGGAGCACCUGCGGGACUGGUCGGACGAGGAGCCCGCGAGGAAGGAAGAGGAAAAGUGCGACACGUCGUCCGGUAAGAAAGACGAGGACGACGAAGCGGAGAAGGCCGUCACGAUGGCGUCGUCCUCCUGGUCGACGUCGUCCUCGCGCUCCCCGUCCCCGAGGAAGCUGGACAGCGAGCCGGCGGUGGAACGAGAGCCUGAGAACUCGCAGCAGGCCGACGACGCGAUCGCCUCGAUCCGCCGUCCGGACGACUCGCGGGGCUCGAGCAGCGACGAGUUCGACGAGCGUCCGCUGAGCGGUAGAGCCGACGGCAAGGCGGACAAUCGCGACAAGUACAAGAAGGACCGAGUGCUCAGCGACGAGGAGCCGAACGUCUCGCUGGACCAGCGGCUGGAGAAGGCGAGUUACUCCGUGGACGACGAGACCGAGGAGCACUUCCCGAUCGAGAAGGACAAGUUGGCGGACAUCCCGACGCCCUGCGUCCCGAUCGACAACAACUGGGAGUCGGACGGCGCCUACACGCCUUGCAAGGACGAGCUGCCUGUGAAGGACGAGGAGACGGCGGCGGCGUCGUCGUCGUUCGAGGACGGCGGUUUGGAGCCGAUCACGCCGACGAAGGACAAGGCGAACGACGACUUGGACGGCUGCAGGACGCCGCCGACGAGCUACGCCGGCCUCGGCACCGAGGACAUCUCCGAGACCGACGAGGCGAUCAACUUCGAGGAGGAGCUGCUGACCGUGUCGCGGAACAAGGAGAUGGAAGACGGCGAGAUCCUGGACGAGAGCAAGUUGAACAGCGCGAAGGAGCAGCGCGAGAAGCAGUCGCGGCCGGAGGAGGACGGCAAGAGGAGGAAGAAGAAGGAGAAGAAGGAGAAGAGCAAGGAGAACACGGAGAAGAACAAGGAGAACAUCUCGUCGGACAACCUGGUUUCGUGGAAGAAGAUCUCCAAGAGCACGAAGGAGCGGCAGUACCGGGACAAGCGGUCGAGGUCGCGCGACAAGGACCGGGAGAAGGAUCGAGAGAGGUCCUCGAGGAAGAAGCUGAAGGAGGUGAGCAAGAAGAAGGAGAAGCGGAAGGAGCUGCCGCGGUACGACGUGAGGAAGAUCGUGGCGGAGAAGCCGCGAGCGUCGCGCAAGGACGAGUACGGCCGGGACAUCCGGGAGAAGACGCGCAGCAGGAGCCGCUCCUCCGGCAAGAUCUCCGGCCCGAAGGAGCGCAGGAGCCGCUCGUACUCGAAGCCGCGCAGCAGGUCCCGGCCGCGGCUCUCCUGGUCCCGAGACCGGCGCUCCUACACCAAGUCGAACUCGCGCAGACGCUCGGUCUCCCGCGGCCGGCGCAAGUCCUCGCGCCGACGCUCCUUGUCCCGACGGCACUCGGUCGCGCGCAGGCGCUCGCGCUCCUUGUCGCGCAAGCGGAGGUCCUCGCUCUCCCCCAGGCGCCGCUCCAGGCGCUCGCUCUCGCGCUCCCGCGACAAGAGGAAGGACAAGGCGAAGAAGUACAAGUCGCGCAGCCGCUCGAGGAACCGCAAGCGGUCGCGCAGCAAGUCGGCGAAGAGGACGACGUCGAAGUCGCGCGACAAGAAGCACGGCAAGAGGAAGCCGCAUAGCAGGUCGCGCUCGAGGGCGGGCGGGAGCUCGCGCGACCGGGAGCGCAACGCCAGCCGGAACUGGCCGGAGCAGCUGAACGAGAAGACCGCGGUGGAGCAGCAGCACAGCGCGGCGCCGGUGGAGUUCCCGCGGGAGCAGCGCUCCUGGAGCGCGCAGUGGACGCCCUCGUGGUCGCACUCGCGCUCCAAGACACCGCCGACGGCGCACAUGCAGCAGGAACCGAUCGGCGCGCGCAACUGGUCGCCGCCGUCGGUCCUCGACAGCGUCUCGCCGAAGAAUCUGACGGUGAUCCUCACGAACAAGGAGGCGAUCAAGAAGAAGAAGAAGGAGCGGAGGAAAGAGAGCCGGAGAUCCAAGUCGGAGUCGGAGAAGCGGCGGAAGGCGAAGCGCAACCGGACGCCGCCGCCCUCGAAGGAGGUGUUCGCUAGCGGCGACAACAUCCUCGUGAGCGUCUGCUUCAACAAGGACAACGAGGCGAAUCCGGCCGCGAUACCGGAGCUCCCGGAAACGAUACCGCUCGUGCCGCCGAUCAAGCGCCGCCGGCGGGACUCCGCACAGACGGAGACCGCGCCGGCGAAGCGCUCGAAGAAGGACAAGAGCAAAGACAAGCGGUCCAAGUCGCCGAAAGCGAAGAAGGACAAGAAGAAGAAGUCGAAGGCGGCGGAGAUCGCGGCGACGAAGAAGCCCGUCGCUGUCAUCGACCUCGACCAGUCCCCGUUCCGCGAGCAGACCCCGUCGCCACGUGACGUAAUCGUGCUGAGCGACGACGACGACAAGCAGGCACAGGAGGCCACCGGUUCGCCGGAGCAGUGCCCCCCGUCGCAGGUGGCGUCGCCGCCGCGCGAACAGUUCGUCUCUCAGGGGCCGAAGACGCCGCCCGAGCCGCAGAUCAAGUUCUCCAUCAACAAGCAGCCGAGCAACCUGCGCCCGUCCCUCAUCAACCCGCUGCUGGAGGAGGAGGAGGAGGAAGAGGAGGAGAUGGAGGAGGAGGAGAUGAUGGACGAGCGUGCCGAGGAGGAGCUGGAGAUGCGCGCGCAGGAGGAGCUGGAGCUGCGUCUCAAGAUCGGGCCGAACACGCCGCCGGAGCCGCCGACCUCGCCGUUGAGCUCGUCGGACGUUUACGACCCCUUCGACCCUACCAAGUCCCGCUCGCCGACGCCGGACGCCAGCCAGGAAGCGACGCCGAACGACGAGCGGGCGCAGCGCAACUCGCCCAGGAAGCACGACACCGCGGACACGCCGUUGCUGCCGGACGAGCCGAGCCAACAGCAGGACCAGCCGAGCCAGGAGAAGCCGCCGGAAAAGCCAAAGAUCAUAUCGAUGGUGACCAUCAAGAGGGCCUCGCCGCCGAGGGACACCGCCUCGCCCGCCCCCGGCGAGAACCAGACCGACAUCAUCGCCCAGUCGUGCAACAGUCCGCCCAAGACCCAACAGAAUCCGCAGAGCGUGCAAUCAACCGCCAAUCCGUUCGCCACCAUCAACCCCGUCCUGGCCACCGUCGCCGCGGCGGUCCAAAGAAGCGCCGUCUUCAACGCCAGCACACCCAACACCGCGCAGAGGACGCUGCUGCAAUCCAGCCGCACCUCGCCGAGCAAUCAGAUAAAGCAGCGUACGAAUGACAGGCCACAGCUGCCGAACAUAUUCACGAAUUCGACGAAAACUACAAUGGUGCGAUCUUCCAAGUCCGCGCAGAAUAAAAACAGCUCGACGAUAGGACAGAACGGGAGCGACGCGGCUGCGGAUAUGGCCAGCGACAACGUCGACAUGUCGUCGCCUUAUUCGCCGGGUUCGACGUUGAGUGACGGUCUCUUCGAUCCUCCUAGUCCUGUCAACUUCAACAGUUCGCCCGUCGCAAACGCACCGCCCGCCGCCACCAAGACCAGUAACAACACGCCGAAGGUCAAUAAGAGCGCGGACAAGAAGGACGCGUUCGACGCGCUCUUCGGCGGGGUACUGCCGCCCGUUAAGACUGCAACCAAAAGCCGGAACAAAAAAAGCAAGGAAAAGAUGAAGAAGUCUACCAACCCUAAAGUUGGCGUACGUAUGGACGAGAACCAACUUCAAAUUCUGGACGAUCUUCCUAGUUCUGCCGUAGAGAUGCAAGUUAAAGACAAGUUCCUUAAGAAACUCAAUCGACAAGAGAGAGUCGUGGAAGAGGUCAAAUUAGUUCUCAAACCCCAUUACACCAAAAAGCACAUCACGAAGGAGGAAUAUAAAGAUAUCAUGCGCAAAGCUGUACCUAAGAUAUGCCAUAAUAAGACAGGCGAGAUCAAUCCCAAGAAGAUUGCGCAACUCGUAGAAGCAUACGUGAGGAAAUGUCGAAACAACAGGAAGAAGACUGCUUCCGUUAAUAAGCCAGCAAAACCUGUGAAGACUCUAUGGAGUUGAUCACGUGACUGCGAUCCUAGCGCAUUAGAAAUUCCUUCGACGUUAGGCCUCUCCUUAGACCGCGCGUAAAACACAUUCUAUCUUCUACUUGGAUGGUAAGUGAGUCAAGCGUUUCUACGUGUACCAUUCUCCAUCAACGCAGCACCGAAAAAGCCGAAUGUGUAUUGUGUGUACAUAUACAUAAUUCAUUAAUUGUAUAAGCGUAUAAUAUUUUUUAUUUAUCUAAAAUAAUUGUUUACAUUUGAAAUAUAAUUAGGAAUCGUAUAAGUGAUUGAUAUUAUCCGGAAGUUUUAAUAUCUACGUACACAUCGCGCAUGCGUAUGUAAUUUGUACACGCGUGUGCGAAGGCGCUCAACGAUGUACGGCCUCGGUUGUGCGUAAAAAGCAAAAAAGUAUCCACGGGCGUACAUUAUUGCGGUGCCUCCUUGAACAUGAGUUCGGAUCGCGAUCAAUCCGAGUUUUUGCAUCAUAUUUAGACAAGAAAAGUAUAAUAUUGUGCGAUAAGGUCAGAUGUUAGUGUGUGGUCAUGUAGUCGGAGUAUAUGGAGUGGGAAUGAAAUGGGAAAUAAGAAGGACAGAUGAGAGGACGCUCAAGCAAUUCGAGUUUACCUACGGAAGAGAGAAAACGGCAGGUCGCGCUGCAGCGAGCUGCGCUGUAAAAUUCAUCGAUUUCUAAUCUUACUGUUACAUAAGCGAAAGUGGCCUCCACGUGGAAAUUACUUUUUCAUGCGAUUUUCAUUUUCAUCGCAACGGAAUGUGCGGCCAUUUCUUUCACUAUAGGCGCAUCCGCCACGAGGAAACGAAUGAUUUUUAUCGAAUCGCAAUGUGCACACAGGUCUGUUGUAGUCUUUAGCGAAUUCAGAUGUAAAUAAAAUGACAAACAUGUAUAAAAUUCCCGGACAUUCUGUGCGCGCCGUGAAGUUGGUUUAGUUGCGUUACACAAUGCGUUUGCUUCAGACACGCGUCUUUAUACGGGAUAUAUCGUCGUUUAUUUGAGAAAACAAAAUGACGAGGUGUUUCUGUAUUGCGUUUCAACUCGCUCGAUCGCAAGAAAUCGAUGUUUAAUAAUCCGUUUAAUAAUUCCAUUUGUGUUAAAAAAAAAAAAAA